CCUUUAACCAACGAAGAAGAAAACCGGCGCUGAUUUUGAACUGCAAAGGAAUGCUGGAAGUUAGCAGGUGUGGCCCUGCCACUGCUUAGUUCAGACUUCUGUCUACAACUAAGUUUAAUUUGGUUAAAAUACCUGUUCACGGCGAUUUUGCAGCACGGGGAAGGCGCAGACUGAAAACCCCGAUGGAGUCUUCUGUGAUGAACCUGAACAACCAGUUCCAGAGUCUCAGAGCUCAAGUGGAAGCUCUGAAUGAGAGCGUGGAACCUCAGUUCCUCCAGAUGGCCGUCCAUUUUGAGGAAUGCAGAAAGAAGUGGCUGUUGGCGGGCGACGAGCUGGGUUCCUGCAAAGAGAUGCUGGCCAAGGCAGAGACCGAAAGGGGGGCGCUGGAGGUCAGACUGAAGCACGCUCGAAACCAGGUGGACGUGGAGAUCCGUCGACGGCAAAAGGCAGAGGCAGUCUAUGAGAAGCUGGAGCGGCAGCUGCAGCUGAUCCGGGAUCUCCUGGUUUCUGAGAACAAUGGAAGCAGUGUCCAUCUCAGUGAAGAGCAGCGCUCAGCUUUGGCCUUCCUCAGUGCCCACUCGCAAGCAGCACAAGGAGCUAAAACAAACCUGAACGGCAGCAGAAGAUUAACUAGAAUUGAAGAAUCUGGUUCUUUGCUGUCGGACAUCAGUUAUGACCAAACGGACGAGUCUUUGGACUGGGAUUCUUCUGCGAUGAAGAAUGUCAGACUCCGCAAAAGACCAAAACGACGAUCUUCCAGAAAACAUUCAGAAGGUCCUCCUCUGGCAGCAAAGAAAUCCCGCUCCACUGGACGCACAUCAGAAAAGGUUAACGAGUCCAUUGUGGCGAAAACAACCAUCACGACUAACGGGGGUGUUGUUGAGGCCGUCUCCACUAUUGAAGCUGUGCCUUAUUGGACGCGGGGCAGAAAGAGAAGUGAGGCUCUCCUGUUUGGUCACACAACCACAACUGACCAAUCGGACACCGUCAGUGAGGGUUCUGGCACCCUGGUACCCAGUUUUACGGCCCCGCCCAAACCCCUCCGAGCUAGAGGAGGAAAGAAGCAUAACUUCAUCCCCAAAACCGUAAUCAAGUCCGAGUUCUGUGUACCCUGUGGAAGAAGAACCAAGUUCGGCAAGCUUUAUCUCCGCUGCCAAGACUGCCGAGUCGUGGCUCAUCCAGAAUGCCGUGACCUCUGUCCUCUGCCCUGCAACCCCCCAGCUGAGGCCACCCCCAUCAGAAACACAGAGGCCACCCUGGCUGACUUUGCUCCUUCCACGCCCCCCAUGAUCCCACCUUUGAUCAUCUACUGCAUCAAAGAGAUUGAGCGCAGAGGCCUUCAUGAGGUCGGUCUGUACAGAGUCUCUGGUCACGAUCGUGCGGUGAAGGAGCUGAAGGAGAAGCUGGUUAGAGGAAAAACUCUGCCCUCGCUCAACAAAGUGGAGGACAUCAACGUCGUCGCGGGGGUCCUGAAGGACUUCCUCAGAAACCUUCCAGAGCCGCUGCUCACCUUUCGCCUCAACAAGGUCUUCAUGGAAGCAGCCGAGAUCCAGGAUGAUGGAAACUGUCUGGCCAUGUUGUAUCAAACCAUCAGUGAGUUGCCUCAACCCAACAGAGACACGCUGGCCUUCCUCGUGAUCCACUUACACAAGGUAGCCCGAAGUGUUGACACUAAGAUGGACAUCCAAAACCUGGCCCGUGUGUUUGGCCCCACUCUGGUGGGCCACGCUGUUCCUGAUCCGGACCCCAUGACCAUCCUGCACGACACCAGCAGACAACCAAAGGUUGUAGAGCUCCUGAUGAGUAUUCCAGAGAGUUACUGGCGCCGCUUUGCUUAUCCAGACGUCGCAGACAUGGACUCUUCGCAUCAGCCCGACUCUCCCAAACACAAAGUGAGCAUCCUGGGACCAGUGACCACCCCAGAACACCAGACGAUAACCAAAACUCCCUCCUCCGGCUCGCUGUCCCAGCGGAUGAUGCAGACCCUGUCCAGCACCAGCUUCUUUGGAAGCAAGAGCAAAGCAACAUCCGCCCCACACCGACAGGGCAACUUCUUCACAUCUCCACAGCUGAAGUAAUACGUCUUUGAUGCAAUAACUCAUCUCUUCAUAUUAUCAUGCAAAAAAAAUGACUACGCAGAAACCUUUUAAACCAAAGGGCUUUAUGCUUUUCUAAAAGAAAAUUGAAUGUUUUGUUCCCAUUUUUUACUUCUAAUCUUUUUAUUUUGUAUUCUUGUUCCUAACUGUGGGCAUAUUUGUAUACAUUUUUACUAACAGGAAAAAAAACUGUUUUAUUGUGCAAUGCUCUGCUUUUAUUUCUGGCAUGAAUCCUGUGGAUGUAAACACAGAGUUUUAAUAUUGGCCAGUGUUUGUUUAAAAUAUUACACUUUGUAAAAUGUUGGCAUUUAAGUCGUUCUAACGAUCUAACCUCUAUUUUAUACUGAUGGUAACUGCUUGUAGUGAUACUUUAGAAAAGGAAACUCCUUCAGAAAUGUUUGAACGUUGCUGCUGCUGCACCGCCUGGAAACACCAUGACGCCGUCGCCACUAGGGGCUGAUGUUGCUCCACUUUUGAUAUGAUCACUUUAGUCACAUUUACUGGAUACUUUGCUUAAAAUCUAUUCAGUUAAUAGAUUUGAAACAAUCCACACAAAGUCAAAACUGGCUGCUUUAUUUGCCUAAUAAUUCAGAUUUGUGUUCAAACUAAAAUAUAAGACGAUUUUUAUACCUAGGGAAUAUAGAUAAAUGCAGUCAUAGCUCUGAUUUUUAAUAUUUGCUGAGCUCAAACCUGUAAAAGGUAUUCUUUACAGCAGUGAAAAAUUAUGUAUCGACACAAAAAAACGGAAUCCAGUGACAUUACUCUACAUUUUUCUAUAUAUUUUUGUAUUAUUACAAAUGAAUCGUUUUGCAACUCAUGCAUAACUUUACCAAAGAUUUCUGGGAAAAGCAUAGCUAUGUAUUUUUUCAUUCUUGGUUUAAAAAAAAAAAGUCUGUUGCUGAACUGCAAAUAAAACCUUGCGUGACA